CUUCGUCUCAGUCAGGAUCCCGUAGAAGGAUGACGCAGGUUCUCCAGUGAUCUGAUGGACUGGUGACUGGCUUUAAUCUUUUAUCAGAACUCAUUUAUGCCACGGUGAUUAACUCCGGCAGGAAGGACCGAAAAUCCAGGUUUAAACCUGAAGCUACCUCGAUAACCGCAAAUCCUGUUUCGUAGUCCAGGCUGUCUGGCCACCCGAAUAGUUCAAACUAGUUUGUAUCGCUCUUAUUUUGAAAAGUAGCCGGGUGUAGUGUCCUUGAUUUCCUCACCUUGACACCCGUCCGGGCAGCAGCAGCAGGUUGUCAGUCGCAGUCUGCCCCACUCCACUCGGCUCGGGACCUCCGGGCGGUGUGAUAAAGUGUACGGCUGCGUCCCGGUCCCUGCAGUCCGGCGUCCGCUCAGGAUGGACCAGAGGCGAGCUGAACCGGACAGCGGCACCGACGGCAGCCCGGUGACGCUGUACGGGGAAUUCACGGCCACCGGCAACCGAAAAGUGCGGUGCGCCGUGAGCCUGACCGAGCGGGACCUCAUCGUCCAGCGGCUCACGUCGGCACCUAUCGGGCGGAGCAAGGCGGUGCUCAGCCUGAGGGACUGCGUCGGCUGCCGGGCGUACCGGCCGCACGACAACGAGGACCGGGCGGCGCACCUGUCCGCCUACUUCUACCCGCUCAAGCGGCGCCGGAUGAGCUCCGGGGCGUCGCGGCAGAGGGUGGAGCAGUGCUUUCGGCUCGCCGCGCUCCAGGACCCGCGCGCCAACCUGGACGAGGCGGAGAAGUGGGCUCGCGCCGUGCGGGAGCGCUGCGGCCGGAACCGGCUCCUCGCCGACGGGAUGUUGACGAGCCAGUUUUCUCGUCCCUGCCGUAUGAUGCUGCUGGUGAAUCCACAGAGCGGGCAAGGUCAGGCGCUCACCCUGUACAACAACCACAUCCAGCGCAUGCUCAACGAGGCCGGUGUUCCACACACUCUGGUCAUCACUGAGCGGCAGAAUCACGCGCGAGAGCUGGUGAGAGAGGCCGACCUGUCGCAGUGGGACGCUGUAGUCAUCAUGUCAGGAGAUGGACUUCUGUACGAGGUGGUGAAUGGUUUGCUGGAGAGACCAGAUUGGGAGGAGGCCAUUCGCACCCCGCUGGGUAUCCUCCCUGGUGGAUCAGGCAACGCCUUGGCCGCAUCCAUACAUCACUACUCAGGAGCCUCUCCGGUGUUCAGUGAGGAGCUCCUGCUCAGCUGCGGUUUCCUGCUCUGUAAAGGUCUGGUGUCCCGUAUGGACCUGGUCUCCAUCCACCUCUCCUCCAGCCCUCGCCUGUUCUCCUUCCUCUCUCUGGCCUGGGGCUUCGUUGCGGACGUGGACAUUGAGAGUGAAAAGUACCGUCACGCCGGCGCUGCCAGAUUCACGGUGGGCACGCUGGUGAGGCUGGCUUCUCUCCGCAUCUACAAGGGAAAGCUGUCGUACCUGCCCGCCUCCAAGGCCCACAGCAGCGAGGGAGGUUUGAGAAACAACAUGACGCUGCAUUGCAACAACCAGACGUCCUCCCCGAGUCCAGCCCCUCUGCUGUGCUGCCAGUCGGGAGACUCUCCUUGUCAGAACACCCUCCACAACUCUUGCCACUCCAACAACUCCCUCAAAGUGUGGAGGACAGAGAGCACGCCUUCCAGAAGCGCCACCAAAGCUGUGCCCGGCCCACCCGACUCCCUGCUGGUGCCCCUGGACCAGCCACUGCCCAGCGACUGGGUGGUGGUCCAGGAGGAGGACUUUGUCCUGGUGCUGGCCAUGUACCAGUCUCACCUGGCGGAGGACCUGAUGGCAGCACCCGAGGCCACCUUGGACGACGGCGUCAUCCAUCUGUUCUACGUCAGAGCUGGAAUAUCACGCAGCGCUCUGCUGAGGCUCUUCUUAGCCAUGGAGAAGGGCGCACACGUGGCUACUAACUGUCAACAUCUGGUGCACACCAAGGUGAAGGCACUCAGGCUGGAGCCACACUCACCCAAUGGGAUAAUAACAGUAGAUGGAGAAGUGGUGGAGUACGGGCCGCUGCAGGCAGAAGUGCACAGAGGUCUGGGGAGAUUCAUCACUGGAUGAACUAAACAAACAAAACACCACCAGCUUUCAUCUUUGCCAUUAAAGGCUGAUAGGUUGUUUUUUUAAUAAACACAUCUUUAGCAUUUCAAAUCAGAAAUGGAAGUGUUACAAGGGCAAAGCAAUGGACGUAAGACUGGUUCACUGUUAUCUGCAACGUUAACCUCUGAGCGAGACGCAGAAAACCAAGGGUUUUUGAAGAUACUGUGACGUUCGAUGGGACAUUCCAAUAAACAAGAAACAAGACAUCCACAGAAGUAAAUCCAACAUCACCUUUUUCCUCCAGCGUCUCAUAUCGUUUUAUCGCUGCAUGGACAAUAUUUCUUCUUUGUCCUGAAUCUGACAUAUCAGCGUGAUUUGCAGCAUCUUAUGCAACAGAAAAGGAUUCAUGCCUUCACAGCUCCUCUGCACUAAUGAUGUGUGUGUGUGUGUGUGUGUGUGUGUGUGUGUGUGUGUGUGUGUGUGUGUGUGUGUGUGUGUGUGUGUGUGUGUGUGUGUGUGUGUGUGUGUGUGUGUGUGUGUGUGUGUGUGUGUGUGUGUGUGUGUGUGUGUGUGUGUGUGUGUGUGUGUGUGUGUGUGUGUGUGUGUGCGCGCGUGUAAAAUGAAUCCCCAAAAAGUAAUAUUGCAUAUAUUUAUUUUUAACUUAUUUCUUCAUAUUAAGGCUGUAUGGGAUGGUCUUUUUUUUUAACCCAUUUAUCAUUUGUGGAUUUGACUCUGAGGUACAGUAGGUUUGUACUGUGAACAGUGAGAGAUGAACAGAUGCAAAGGGUCAGUUCAUUAUUUUCAUUUUCUUUCAAAUCUUUUAACCCUUUAAUCCAUCUUUGUAUUGCACUUUGUGUGAUCACAUUUCAUUUCAUUGUUUGUUAGUGUUUUGCCUCUACCUUUGUAUCACUGGUUAAAUCCGUGACCACGUCAUCGGCUACAAUGUAGGAAUCACUGUGCACACGAGCUGAACGUCACCGACUGACGACGAGUGUGUGACAGUGUUCAGUGGCUGCAGCUCUGGUCCUGCAGGUGACGGAUGUGUUUCAGUGCCUCGACGUGCUCCACGGCUGCAUCCUCCCUCCUUUCAGACUAACAAACCACUCUUCUUCCCCUUGCCGCUUUUAUCCAUCCACCAUCCGUCUUUCAUCUGCUGCUGUAAGUACUGCAGUGCUCUGCAGUGUGCUUCUGGCCCCAGCUGCUUUACACACACGCACACACGCACACACGCACACUCUCCCUGUGGGAGAUUUGUUGAUGAUCAUCACCUAGGUGUCCUUAACAUACCGACUUGUUAUGCUGCAUGAGAUAGGCGCUGUUGUUUCCCUCAGUCUUCCUCUUCAACACAAGAAACUUAGCAAACUGUCCUGACGCAGGUGAAAAAACACACACACACACACAAACACACACUGUAGCAGUAACUGUAAAAUUACAUAGUCUGACACUAAUAUUAUAGAACCAUUUCCUGGUUGUAAUGAAUGCCGUGGCUGUUGCUAUGAACAACAAUAAGAAAGGAGAGGUUUGGAAGCCUUGACGUUCCAACAGUACAUGGCUGCAGUAAAAAUGCACAGGUUUUCAUGUUCCGUGUUUUUAUCGAUAUGCCACGACCACGUUUGACACUGUAAAAGAAGUGAAUUUAUUUCUUGCUUUUAAAUUUUUAAAUUUGUUUUUAUUCAUGUUGUCGCACAAUGUACGUUUGUCUCCAGUGCCAACAACACAGAGUUCCUUUAACUGUGUCACAGGUGCAACUUCAGUUUAGUUAGAAUUAUGUUUACUCAUGACGACAGGAUUCAGCUCAAGGUCCACAAGCGGACAAGAUGGAGACGGUACUUGAAAACAAGCUUGUUGUAGUCUUUCUGUCAUGUUUAGGAGACGAACAGAGAAUUUUCUCCUGCUGAUUGUUGCUACUGACUCAAAUCAGAGGCCUAAAGAUGUAGAAUUAUCCAGUAGUUCAUGAGAAAAAUUUCCAGGUUUGCUCAUUUACACCACAGUGUGCUACAGACCACUUUCAUCAGCACUUUUUUUUUCUUUUUUUCGUCUAUGCAAAGUCAGGUUUGUUGUGUGAUGCUGCAGCUCCUUUUAACUGUUUGAUGUGCCUUGAUGGUGCUGCCUCCUGGUGGUUCGAACACGGUGGUGCUUUCGCUGAUUUAUCAUUUGCUACUGGCUGAGAUAGAAAAUCAGCUCAUCAGUUCUCACCACCAUUUUAAAAAAAACUUAAAAACUCUGACACGUAACAGACUAAAGUCGAAGGUUGAGGCAAAAGAAGGAUGUCUGUCGCCAUGUCAGGAAAAAAACCAAGCAGCACAGAGAAGAUGUAUAAACUGUUAGAUGAUAAUGCCGCCUCAUCUGUAACUACCUUGAAAUCUUCAUUUCUUUUCACUAAGGAGGAAUUGGGCCGAGGGCGUCCAGUUUCUUCGUAGGUCUCUGUGAUGGAGUCAGUUUGGAUGAUGUGUACUCGUGUGUCAGCAACCUGACGACAGAUGCAACACACUCACUUCAUCCGACUGGUGAUUCGCUGUUUGUCUUCACCUGCUGCUUCUGAGCUGCUGUUUUGUGUUUACAUUUUUACGGUGAAGGGAAAAUGUGUUUUUAUUUUCUUGCACACUGAAGAUUGAAUGAUUGAUUAACCAAAAAGAGAUCUAUUUUUUCAUUUAGACAAAUGUCUGUAAUUUUCUAUCAUCAAAUGGAACUUUCUGCUGGAGUGUUCUUGAUUGAAAAAUAAAAUAAAUUAUGACCAAAAAAACUCAAAA